GUGACGUGGAUCAGCUGACUGGCCUCCUGAAGAAGAAGACGAAGAAGAAGAACCGUCGACCUUCAGUCAUCAUCCUCCUCCGACAUGGCGAGUCAGUCCCAGGGCAUCCAGCAGCUGCUGCAGGCUGAGAAGAGAGCCGCCGAGAAGGUGGCCGAGGCCCGCAAGCGUAAGAACAGGCGUCUAAAGCAGGCUAAAGAAGAGGCUCAGGCUGAGAUCGAACAAUAUCGACUCCAGAGAGAGAAAGAGUUCAAGACCAAGGAGGCCGCGGCUCUUGGUUCCCAUGGUAACAGUGCAGUGGAGGUGGACCGCGACACGGCGGAGCGAAUGAGCCGGAUCCAGGCCAGUUACCGCGGCAACAGGGAGGCGGUGCUCGGCGAGCUGCUGCGGCGCGUCUGUGACAUCCAGCCGGAGUUCCACGCCAACUACCGCGUGGCCGGCUGAGGUAGCGGGGCGAGGGGGCGGAGCAAUCCACGGAAACAUGGACGUUAGCAACAUUAGCUCCAUUAGCUUCACGGCCAAACUAAAUGUUUUAUUUUGAAGGUGCAGCGUUCCUCUCUUCCUGUUUCCUGCUCCAUUGGUUGAUGUUGUUAUUGUUACCGUGGUGAUGUUUACCAAAUAUUUAUAGAUCGAAUUCCUGAAUCUAACAAAAUAAGUCUCUCUAAAGAGGAAACCAGCCAGUCAGCCUUCAGAAUAAAAUGAUUCCAAAUGAGCUGAUUGGUUGUUUCUCUCUGAACUCUCCUCCAAUCAGGAGUCACCACUGCUCUCGCCUGAUUGGCUGGAGAAAGUGUAGUUUUGUUGUGAAAACUAUUGUGAAUUUCCACUGUUUUUUUGCUUGUUUCGUGUGUGAUCAUGUGACCUCCUGUUUACGUUCUGAUGACUUCCUGUUGAUGUUUGUGAGAUGAUGAAAUAAACUAAAUAUUAAACUGAAUGUCAAUUGAAA